AUGGAAUCUGAGCCACAUACCGCACCUGAAACUCGCCGACGCCUUCCACCAUGCCAAGUCGACUGCAAAUGGUGGAAGAGGGGCAACUGUUUCCGUGGCAGUGAAUGCUUUUUCCGCCAUGAUGCCGCUCUGGCUGGUGUGGAUGCAUUGCCAGGGAGCCGCAUAGCCGGUGUAGCAGCAGGAAAUUCCCGCAACGAAACAACUAUAACAGACACCCCCGCUUCCGGCUAUGCGAGAGCAGUACAGCCUCGUCCGACUGCAACUAGCCUUCGGCGAGAAAACCCUGAUGAACAGUGCGGAAUUUGCUUGGAGACUCCUAGCGUCUUCGGCUUGUUGGUUAAUUGUGAUCAUAUCUUUUGCUUAGACUGUAUUCGCAGCUGGCGCUCUUCCGUCAGGAAUUCUGCUGAAGAUGCGAUCAACCCUACCGAUUCACGUGUCCCAAAAAGAACUACCAAGACCUGUCCACUUUGUCGGGUUAAGAGCGAAUAUGUCGUUCCAAGUUCUGUUUACCCCACUCCACCCACAGCAGCUACUGCUGCAUCAAAUGUUGCUUCAGGGAACGAAAUUGCCACGACGAAUUCUACAGAAACUGGGGAGUCUAGUAGUGAGACUAGACCAAAGAACGAAGCCAAAGCUAAGAUCAUUGAUAAAUACCUUGCCCGCCUGAAGGGAAUUCCCUGCCGCUACUUUGAACUGAGCAUCCAACGUUGGCGCGCAUUGCCAGCCAUUGAAAACUUGGAUCCAAAUGCCAGUGGCAACCGUCAGGCGAAGUUUUCAGGAGAAUGUCUCUUUGGAAAUGAAUGUCAUUUUGCUCACAUCCAUCCUAUCACUAAAACUCCUUACGUCUUCUCCAAGAAGGAGAUAUCCUUAAUGAAACGUGCAAAUCAUGAGAGGAGAUCCAGGGCCAUCCGUAGAGCACUUCGCAGACGGACAGGUCGCGCAUUUAUCGUGAGUGAACAUCGCCGAGAACUGGAUCGAAUGCUCGAGGCUCUUAGAGUCGAGGAAGAUUAUGAAAGUAGCACUCCAUCUGAUCUUGUGUCUCCGCUCGAGGACGAUGGUCCCGAUGCCUUGAUUGACGCUGGGUUUGUUUUCUACGAUAUGUUGGUUGGGAGUGUUCCGUGGCUUGUAGAAAGCGACGAAGAUGAACUUGAUGACUUUUUCUGA